AUGGAAUGCGCCAGCCGGAUCUCUUAUGCAACAUGGCGCCUGGGAGUAUUCAGAAUCCUUGAAAGGCCUUGUUCACCGGCAAUUCGCACCUCCGCUCGAUACGUCUCUACCUCGCCGCUGCGCAGCCAGCAUCACGAUGCUCUUCCCGACGAAAUAUCCCAGCGCGAGCGUCCCUCACAGCAGCUACCUCAAUCUCCUCUCCUCAGCCACCCACGUAACAGGGCCAACAAGACACGUAAACGUCGCCCAACGGCGGCGGACGACGAAGAAUUGCAGAAGAAUCCCUGGGCCGUGGCACUCGCGUCGCCGUCGCGCCAAUGCUCGCUGACAGGGGCCAGGAUACCACGGGACCUUUUAGGGGAAUGGGGUAUGGUGAAACGACCAGAUGCAGACCAGGUUUAUUUGUUGCCAUUGGAUUUGCUCCAAGACUCACUACGCUCCCCGAAACCCCCAACCCCCGAGGAUUCUUCCACGGGCGAAUCUUCCACCCAGACAAAGAACCGCGAAGACCAGAUAGGCCGGAGGCUUUUUAUCCGAAUCCUUAACUAUCUCCCUCUCCUGCAAAGGAUCUCCGAACCAUUAUCCCGGAAAACCCGGAGCAAGAAAACGCCCAUUAUGCGGCUGCUGCCGUUUCGAUGGAAGCACCCACAGGGGCCGGUCACAGCACACGAGGAGAGAAAAAUCGUGUGGAGAGAAAACAUGCCGCAGUUCGUGCUACAGAGUAUGAGGAAGCAGGUGGUCAGGGAAUUGGUCGACGCCUAUAGCCAGCCUGGCCAUCUUGAUGGGACUAGUGUAUGGACGGUUCUCGACGUGCCCGAGUCCUCAGAAGCCGGGGUUACAGCAGCGUUGGGCCGUUUAGAGCCCUUCGAGCGGAUGGAGUGCGGUGGAGUGCUGCUUCUUGGCUCGCCUAGUCCCGACACGGUCGAGUCCAGCCUUGCAGUGCCCGACUCUGUGACGCUUCCGCAAACCCAGUCCACCGUCCCUGUGUUUGAUCUAUCGGUGCUUCUCUCCGAUGUGGAUCUGGGAAGACUGCGUGAAUCCCUGCAUUUUCAACAUCCGGCACUGUUUUUCAGACCGGCGAGCCAUGCCACUGUCAAGACAAUGCUGUCUUUAUGGAGGUUGAAGCGAUAUUUGGGGGACGAGACACACUCGUGA